AUUGAUUUUCCCUCUCUUUCCCCCUUCCCUAUUUUAUAUGCACCACAGUUUUGACUAGCACAAUUUCUCCCCCUCUCUCUCUCCGACGACUCAUCCCCCAAGCUCUAUGGAUAGUGAGUUGGUGAAAAGGGGUUUUGAUUUCACUAGAAGGAAGAGGAAAUGGUUGGUCGUGGUGGGAUUGGUUGGGGUUUCGAGCUACGGUGUGUAUAGGGUGUAUCACAUGCCGUCUGUAGCUAGGAAGAGAAAGAGAAUCUUGAAGUUUUUAGGAUCCCUAAUUUCAGUGGCUGAAAUGGUUUCUGAUUCCGCGGAGAUGAUGACAGUGGUGUCUAGGGAUUUGAAGGAGUUUUUGGAGUCUGAUUCGGAUGAAAUCCCCAAUAGUUUGAAGCAGUUGUCGAAGAUUGCUCGCUCUGCUGAGUUUUCUGAGUCAGUAGCUCGUCUUUGCCAGUCGAUGACAGUAGGCGUUUUGAGGGGUUAUAGGGUAGAGAAUAGCGCGAGUAACGUUCAAGGAGAUGGUGAUCCGAGCUUUUCUGAUAGGCUUGUCGAUAAGGUGAUGUCGGAUGCUGGUGCAGGAUUUGUCUCGGUUGUUGUUGGUAGCUUUGCUAGGAAUAUGGUGUUGGGAUUCUAUGCUAGUAGUGAGAAUGGCCACUCGGGUGUGAUCCAUGAGAAGUCGAGUUCCUCAUCGUGGUUAAGUGUGGUGUCGGAUGAUAAAUGCAGAGUGUUGGUUGCUGAUUGCAUCAAGAAUUUCGUUAGCUCUGCUGUUACAGUUUACCUCGACAAAACCAUGGAUGUCAAUGUCUAUAAUGAGAUGUUCUCGGGCUUGACUAAUCCUAAGCAUCAUACUAAGAUGACUGAGUUCUUCGUCUCCCUUUGUAAUGGGGCUGUCGAAACUCUUGUAAAGACCUCUCACCAAGUGCUGACAGCUUCUCCGAAGAAGGAAUCGAGUGAAGCUCCAAGCUUCGGAAACAAGAUAGGAUUUGAAGCAGAGACUCAUUCUAGAAAGAAUGGGAAUGGUUCUGUUGAUCUUCAGAGUAACGGAUGGGUCAGUAGCGUUUCAUCAACACUGGCUGUACCGAGCAAUAGAAAGUUUGUGCUUGAUGUCACCGGGAGAGUGACAUUUGAGACAGUCCGAUCUGUCAUUGAGUUUUUCUUGUGGAAAGCAUCCGAGGCCUUGAAAAAGAGUGCGAACGUGGUUCAUGAAAAGGUUGUGGAACGAGGAUACGAAGUUGUGAGAUACGUUGGGGCCAAAUCCACCAUUAUCCUCACCAUUUGUCUCUCAUUGUUUCUGCAUAUCAUAGGCAGCAGUAGGGCAUUGGUGGCUGCUUAAUGUGACCGCGUUCGUCUAUCAUCUCCAACGUCUUAUCUCCUCCCACGUCUCUGCAUACAUGGUCUCAGAUCCUCAAGAACUCAAGGAACUUCUUGUUUUACAUAUUGGCUGUGGGUGAAAGCAAUUCUAUAUACUAGUUCUUGGCUACAUGGUGAAAAUUCAUACUACUUAUUUACAAGUUUUAUAAAUUCGUCUAUUAUAUUUACAGUGUAGAAUAUAUUUUUUUUACAAUUUGAAGUGCCUUAUACUGUCAGUGGACAUGAAUUUGUACAGAAAUAUUUGAUGACCACUUAUGCUUA